AUGUCGAGAAGUGGUGCCAAGGCUUCACAAUCACCGGUCGAUAACACAAACAUGGCAACCAUGUCACUGCCAAUCACCACAAACGGCGAGAGUUCCACGACAGCCCAGCUUCGAGGCGACCACGAGGAGACGUGUCCACACCAAGCCGACGUCAAAACACUUCGCGAAGAUGUCCACUCAAUAUCAGAGACGCUGCGCUGCGCGAUCUGCAGUCGCUGGAUGUACGAACCGUACGGUCUGGCAUGUGGGCAUACCUACUGCUACAGCUGCCUGGCACAGUGGCUAGGCGGCAAUCAGAAGAAGACGUGUCCCGACUGCAGGACAGUCAUCACACAACAGCCUACACCCUCUUACGUGCUUCGCGAAUUGGUGCUGAUGUUCGCGAGUCGUAAGCAGCUGCUGCCUGAUGGCGAAACUGCGGAAGAACACAGCGGCUUGGCGAAAGACGAGGCAGCGAUCGUGGCUAAGGACAAGGCUGACCAGGAUCCGAGGACUGGUGGGCUGUUCAAGGGCGUUUUUGGCCGUGGUCGCAGACUCAUGCCUAUGCAUGAUCCUGGCGACGGUGUAGACAGGUGUCCGCGAUGUCAUUGGGAGGUGGAGCAUGGGAUGUGCGAAAGGUGCGGUCUGCCGGUGGGCGACGGAGCAAGCGAUUUCUCAGUGGAAGAGCCGGACACGGAUGACGAGGUGGAUCAUGAUUUUGGCGACUACGACGGCGACGCUGAUGACUUGGAUAUGAUUGCGCGUGCUGGUCGAGACUUUGACUCCGAUGGGGACUCCAUGGGCAUGGACGAUUUGGAUCCGGCACUGAUUGAUGCAGCGUUCGGUCCUCCAAACACGUACCAUGACCCUCAGGGGGUUCCCACGCCAGCUGGUAGACGACGCAGAGCCGGCGGUCCUAUACCUAUACCUGUCAGCUCUGACGUGGACGACUCGGAUGAGGACGACGAUGAGCAUGACUCCGAAUUAGACGCGUUCAUCGACGACGAAGCUGAAGAGUCGGCCAGUGAGCAGGAGGCACAUAUGGACGGGUCAUCUGACAGAGACUCCGCUGUCCAUGGUUCGGCACAGCCGAUCAGACGUCGAGGCCGAGCGCAGGUGGUUGUGUUGGACGACGAGGAAGAACCCGGCCGUGCAGCAGACGCAGCGAUACCGAUUGAUGACUCCGAGGAUGAUGCUCCUGUUCGCGGAUCUACUGGCGGCCAGAACAAGCGCAGCCACGUGGUACCAAGACGAGGUCCAGUGCUCAUUUCAGAUGACGAUGAGUCAGAAUCUGAUGAUGGGAACGAACACAACGCAAGACCAAACCCAGCAAGUUUUGGCAGAGCACGAUCAGUUGAGUAUCAAGGCUCAGAGAAUGGCGGGAGAGCACCGUCCACGAAUUAUGACGAAGACUCCGAGCCCGCAAGCCAGGGCUCGAUCCGGCACGAUUAUCACGACUACACACACGAUGACGACGAGGAGGACGACGAUUCCAACGAUGACCAUGAUAGUGAUGAGGAUGACGAAGACGACGAUGAUGUGGCGAAUGGAUACUAG